AUAUAGAUUAAGAUCCUUGAUUCAUCAUGAGGUAUUCCAAUAAACUAAUUAUCUUGCUAACUUUAUCAACAAUAGCUCUCAUUUUAGUUGGAGAGAGUCACAAAACAAUACCUUCGAAAGAGGAGAAAGAAGAGAUGAAGAAGCUACUUACCUAUCUCAAUAAACCUGCAGUCAAAAGUUUCCAAACUGAACAUGGUUAUAUAUUUGACUGCAUCGACAUUCAAAAACAGCUAGCUUUUGAUCAUCCUUUGCUCAAGAACCAUUCUAUUAAGUUGAAACCCACAACUAUACCUAAAUGGACCAAAGAUAACAACGCUUCUCAUAAAACUAGUUCUCUGCCAUUUCGACAAGAUGACAUAAGUUGUCCAGUUGGGACAGUCAUUGUCAAAAGAAUUAUACUUGAAGAUCUUAUACGAGCUCAACGUUUGCAAUCCUUACGAUUCAACUAUCCAGGACAAGUGUCUGCAAAGGACAAGAAAAUUGAUUUAACUGGUCAUCAUUUUGCCACAAUUAGUUACAAAGAUGACCACUAUGGAGCAAAAGGAAACAUUAACGUAUGGAAUCCAAACGUCUCACCUGAUCAAUUUAGUCUUGCGGCUAUGGCUGUAUCAGGCAACAAAGGAUUUCAAAGCAUUUCUGCUGGAUGGAUUGUGUAUCCAGGGCUAAAUCAGAAUAAUCAAAGUCACUUGUUCACUUACUGGACUGCGGAUGGAAAUAAUAAGACUCAUUGCUACAAUACACUACGUCCUGGGUUUGUACACGUGAGCACCAAGUAUGCAAUUGGAAUGCUCGCCCAACCAGUUUCCAUUUAUGAUGGUCAACAAUAUCAACUAGAAGUCAGCAUAUAUCAGGAUCAUGUUACAAGAGAUUGGUGGUUUGUGCUAAAUAACGAGCCAAUUGGAUACUGGCCAAAAUCAUUGUUCACACGUCAAGGUUUAGCUGAUGGAGCGAGUGCCGUGUUUUGGGGAGGAGAAGUGUACAGUUCAGUGAAAGAGAAGAGCCCAAGCAUGGGAAGUGGACAUUUCCCACAAGAGGGUUUCAAGAAAGCAGCCUAUGUGAAUGGUUUAAAAAUAAUCACUGAUAUAACAAAAGAAGUUUCGAGUCCGUUAGCUUCAGCUUUAAAGACAUUCGCAAGCAGUCCAAACUGUUAUAAUGUCCAAAAAAUAUUAGGUGUUGGUGAAUUUUGGUCAAGAGCUAUUUUAUUUGGAGGACCUGGAGGAUGCAUAUUUUAGUUUACUUGUCUUAAGAACUUUAUACACUUAGUGUAUAUGUCCUCUGCUUAGUUUUAGUUAAACAAUAAAAUGGAUUUUUAAUCUUAUAAUUAUCUUGAUUUUUAGAU